AUGAGGAAAAAAGUUGUUCAGCAGAAAACCCCUCGUGAAAGGCUUCUCAAACUCCCUGAAUCUUCUAAGUCUCCCACUCAUUCACGAGACCAGACAUUCGCUCCAUCACCUUCUCCUCCUACAUCUCCUUCUCACACUAACCCUAUGGCGCGGACUAAGACCACACUAAGAUAUCAUUCCUCUGCCAAGCCAACGCCACCACCAAAGGAGCCCCCUUCAAAACCUAGUUCUUCGAAACCCAGUUCAUCAAAAGGUAAACGCCUUGCUGCUGCUGAAGAACCAAUCCCUGAGUCAACUCAACCUAAGCCAAGACACUCAUAUCUAAAAAGAGGUGAUUCAGUGAAACAGCAGAAAAAGGAACCCACUCGUUCUGAAAGGGUAGUGCUUGAUAAUGAUGAUGAUGAAUCCGUUCCUGAGGAUUCCCCUCUUCCUUCUACCGAGGGUACCUCAAUCUCAAUUGGACAAAAAUCUGCUCUAUUUGGGUUUGUUAAGGAUGUGGAGGAUGACAAUGCUGCCACUAAUCCUGAAGAGGAAGCUGGUUCUAAUGAGGAUAGUUCGGAUGCCUGA